AUGAAGGAGGACAUAACCUAUAUGACCAAACUAUUAAAAAAGAAGGGUUUGAACAAGAGUGUCAAGAACUCCUUAACUGCAUGCUCUGAUCUCUAUUCUCAAACCCUAGACGAUCCCAGCGACGCGGUUUUGAGCUACAAAUCGAAGAAUUUCUAUGAGGUUAAUCAGGAUAUUAGUGCAGCCAGUACUGCUGCUGCUAGCUGUGAAGAUGGGUACAAGGAAAGAGGUGUGGCGUCUCCAUUAACACAGAGAAAUGAUAAGAUGGUUCAGUUGUCUGCUAUAGGACUGAACAUUGUCAAUUUAUAUGCUAGAGUACAGUGA